AUGAAACGCAGCCCUGAAGAAGACCCUUUGGCCUUCCUCGCCAGAAAAAAGAAAACCCGACCCAGACCGAGCAGCAGCAGCAGCAGCAGCAGCAGCAGCAGCAGCAGCAGCAGUAGCAGCAGCAGCAGCAGCAGCAGGGCAGCACCAAGGGACUCCUACCACCGCAGAGACAGCGUGGCGUCUGUCUCUUCGUCUUUAUUUACAGAGCGAAGACGGAGGAGACCGAGCGAAGGAGACUCUGCUGGAAGCAGCAGCAGCAGCCAAGCAACAGCAACAGCAGCAGCAGCAGCAGCAGCAGGAUUUGGGGUGUCUGGAACCCCCGCCAGCAGCCAGGCAUCUCUAGGGUCUCGUUUUGAGGCUUUCUCUCAGGGGAACAUCGAAGAGACAGCAGCAGCAGCAGCAGCAGCAGCAACACAGUCAAGCUGGAAGCUGCCGCCGGGUUCAGCAGCAGCAGCAGCAGCAGCAGCAGCAGCAGCAAACCCUUCUUUUCCUCUCAGGGCUUCUAAUGUCGUCUUACCCACAAUGCCUGAGAGGGACUCCUCUCGCUGUUUGCUGCUCGCAGUGCAGCUACCAGCAAAGGCGCGUCUGUCUCUGGCUGGGCUUGGAGCGGGUCUUGCUGCUGACACCCAACUUAUUGCUGCUCUUGAAAACCUCCUAGAUGGGGUAGAGCCCCUGCUAGCAGUCCCUGCUGCUGCUGUGCGAGCAGAUGCUGCAGCAGUGUAUGCAGCAGCAGAAACAGCAGCAGCAAAGGCUGCAGCAGCUGCUGCAGUAGCUGCUGCUGCUGCUGCUGCUCCAGCAGCAACCCAAGGCAGAGUCAUGCAGCUGCAGCAGCGAGACCUGCAGCAAGCUUCCCUCGUCUCCCGAGCAGCAGCAAAGGCGUUGCUGCAGGAGAUGCACAAUCAAGCAGAAGAACUCCUGGAGUUGUGGCCCCUCAGAAGGAGCGUAACGUUUCUGUCUCGUCCUGAAGACUCGGUCUCGUUUGCGGUUGAUGCUUAUUUGCUUCAUCGCGCUGCUUCAGUCCAUAUGACGCCUUGUUUGCUGCUGCAGCAGCUACCUCCUUUAGAUUUAGCUGAGACGGAUGGUGUAUGUACACCCGAAGCAACAGCAGGUGAAAUCCUUUGGGUCCCUCUCUGGGCUGCUGAAGUACUCGCAAAACAAAGAGCAGCUAAAGUUAUGCUGCCUCCCUUCCUCCAUGCAGGUAAUACUGCUGCUGCUGAUUGUGCUGCUGCUGCUGCUGCUGCUGAUAGUGCUGCUGCUGCUGAUAGUGCUGCUGAUGCUGCUGAUAGUGCUGCUGAUGCUGCUGAUAGUGCUGCUGAUGCUGAUAGUGCUGCUGAUGCUGCUGAUAGUGCUGCUGAUGCUGCUGAUAGUGCUGCUGAUGCUGCUGACAGUGCUGCUGCUGCUUAUAGUGCUGCUGCUGCUGAUGAUAGUGCUGCUGAUGCUGCUGAUAGUGCUUAUGCUGCUGAUAGUGCUGCUGCUGCUGAUAGUGCUGCUGAUGCUGCUGUUGCUGCUGAUGCUGCUGCUGUUGCUGAGUAA